CUUGUGAUGUUUUUGAAGGUAUAGGAUAGUGUAUAUAUAGCUGUUAAAAGAAGGAGGGCUUACAGAUGAGAUAUCGCAUGGUGUUGUCUGCAAUAGUUCUAUCAGGCAUAAAGUAGGGUGCAGGUGUGUAACCCCACCUUGUUGAACAGCAGGAAACAUUAAGCCUCCACAUGUUCCCAAUGAUACGUGGCUAAGUGAAGGCCUAAGUCUCUUCAUGGAUUAAUUGGUAUUCCAUAUUUUGCCAAACAUGCUUUGAACAUGUUUUCUUCACGUUACCUAAUGUUGAAUUACAGCUGGAUAGAUUAAAUUAUGAGGCAAAGGACAGUGAGAGAUCAUAGACCAUUAUAUUCAUUAGAUUUGAAAUCAUACAUCUAAUCUAUUUGAAGUGGAUUGGCUUGAGAUAGUGUACUAUCAACUUUAACAUCUCCCAUUAAUCCCUAAGAAACACUUCCAAGGCAACACCAUGUGCCCUUUCUGUCCUAUCGGUCCCAUGACUCUUAUCUCAGCCAUCCUCCCUCAAUCAUGCAUGUACCAGACGAUAUCCUACAAAAUUUUUCAUCUCUAUAUAUAUUCAUGGCUGCAAGCAUUUAGAACAGCAAAAAUCGUUCACAUCCUGAAGCAUUUUAGCUCCAAAAACUAGCAUCUUAUUUACAGCUCUCUUUUCUCAACUUGGUCUUUCCAAUUAUCAACAUAUAAAACAUGGGUUUUCGUUUACUUGGUAUCAGAAAGGCAUCCCUUCCAGCAAUCCAAGCAUCUUCAAAAGCUGUGGACGUGCCAAAGGGUUACCUUGCAGUCUAUGUUGGAGAUAAAAUGAAGCGGUUUAUAAUCCCUGUAUCAUGCUUGAACCAACCUGCAUUUCAAGAAUUGUUGAGUCAAACCGAGGAAGAAUUUGGGUAUGAACAUCCAAUGGGUGGUCUCACAAUUCCAUUUCAGAACAUUCUCUUUUCAAAGUCUCAUCACAUAACGAUGGGUUUUCGUUUACUUGGUAUCAGAAAGGCAACAUUCACACGAAGCCAAGUAUCUUCAAAAGCAGUGAACACACCGAAGGGCUACCUAGCAGUUUAUGUCGGAGAGAAAAUGAAGAGAUUUGUGAUCCCCACAUCAUACUUGAAGCAAACAUCAUUUCAAGAAUUGUUGAUUCUUGCCGAGGAAGAAUUUGGAUAUAAACAUCCAAUGGGUGGUCUUACAAUUCCUUGCAGAGAAGAAGAGUUCUUAGAUAUCACUUCUCGUUUGAACUAAUAGUUUCUAAUCCUGUGAAGACUAACCCUAGCAUCAAUUGACAGAAUUUAUGUAAUUCAAGUUUUGAUCUUGAAAA